AUGUUUAGCUGUCAGUUUCGUCAUCGUCCUUGAGAGAUUGUAGUGAAGAAAAAUCCCCUUUUCCUAUCAGAUAGUGCAUUUUUUGGGUUUCCUGCUCAUCAACAGUGAAGUGGAGCAAUGAACUAGGGGUGUUAUAUAAGUGAGAAGACUGUGAACAAUCCAAAGGAACGCAAUGGCAGGCAGUGAUGAGGCGAAUUAUGCUCUUCACAUCGCACUAACAACGCUCCGGGAGAGAUGUCAGAAGUUGGAGGCCAGAUUGUCAGCUGUUGAGGAGGAAAAUCAUCAGCUGAGACUUAAAUUGGGUGACAGGCAGAACCUAGACCUUGGGGAGAGUGCAGAAUCGGAGGUGGGAGCCCUCCAGGCAAAGGUAUCCGAUCUCACAAGACAGAAAGUCCAGCUAACGGAUCACAUUGCAAUGGUGGCCACUGAGAAUCGCCAGCUCUGGUCACGCUUGUCGCGCCUCACGAAGGACAGUAGGCCACCCAAGGCGAGCCCACCCUCACCCAUCACAAGCCAGAACCUCAUUCGCUCCAAGACAUUCACCCAGAAUGCUCCAAAUCCCAAAUUACGCGACAAACUUCCGGACAGCGAGAACCUCAGUCUCGAAGAGAUAUCCCUGCAAAUGCUGAACGAGGUCACAGAUGCCAAGCAACAGCUCGAGAAGAGUUGCCAGGAAAUUAUGACUGCCAGCACAGCAGACGGGGAGACGCUCAUGGGAUUUGGGUUUCUGGCUGACGAUAGCCAGGAGGCAGAGGGAGAUGUGACAGAGAAGUUAACAAAGGGCCUGGACAAGUACAAGAAACUUAAGGCCACGAUGAUGAAGCAGCAGAGUGACUUGAGGAGCUUACUGGAGGAGAAAAAUUCCCGAAGAACAGAGCUCAAAGUCUGCCGAGCGUGUGAAGAGAGGGCCGAGAUUGCGAAACCUAUGACAGUGUCAAUUGAUUCCCAGACUGACUUUGAGGAGCAAUGUAGAUCAGUCACCCCUCCAAUUCCCGAGCCACCGUGUCCACCGACUGUGCCUCCACAGCCUCGUCCGCGCCACAUUGAGCCCAAUCGGAUUGACUUCCUGGAACAGAAGCGUCUGGCUGAUGUGCUGGACAAGAUGUGCCCGAUGUGUGGCAAAAUCUACAGCACCACGAGCAAAUUCGAGGAGUUCCAGGAGCACGUGGAAUCUCACUUUGUGGAUGAGAAUGAGAUGGACUUGAGUCUUGAGAGGAAUUAUGAGAUUGUGUCCAAUUUCUGACAUUCCGGGAAGAUUUUCUUCCACGGAGAGUUAUGAAAAUUUGCAUGGAGGUAUUUCUUUUUUUUUAUUCAAGAGACUACAGAUUUUUAUUGUAAAUAGUGUUCAAGAAAAAAACACCCUUCAGAUACCAAUUCCUGAAGAAUUUUAUCAGUAUAAUAAACUACAAUAGAGGAGA